UCCUCAUUCCACCUCGCUCCCCCCAGUAACGACAUUACAACCCGCCGCUAACCGGACGCCAGCGCCGCCGCCCAUGAGAGCUCCGCCGCGCCGACGCAGAGCAGCGCCGAGUGCGUCGAGGAGGCUCCGAGCCGCGGGGGAGUGAGCAGCAUCAGUGUCGGCCUGCAGGGUCCAGCAUCACCUCCGAGAGGCAGCGGGAGAAGCAGCCCACAAAUAAACACCUUUUUUGUUUUUUUUCCCGGGGUGGGCGGAGCAGACGUCUGCGCGCGUGAAAAGGGGAACAGCAUCGAGAUGGCUGAGGUGUCGCAAGAGGAGAGACUCCAGGUCAUCGCUGAGAAGAGGAAGAAGCAAACGGAGAUUGAAAACAAGCGGAGGCAGCUGGACGAUGACCGACGACAACUGCAGCAUCUUAAGUCCAAGGCGCUGAGAGAGCGCUGGUUGUUAGACGGCGCUCCCGCCGAGGAGGAGACUCAGAAGCGUCUGCAGGAGGAAGAAGUGAAGACCAAAAUCCUGGAGCAGCUCAUCCUGAGGCUGGAGCAUGAGAUCGAAGAACUGGAGACGGGUGUGCCAGCCAACAAGGGCGUGGCCAAAGAAAAUGGAGGCGAGAACGGCGUGGCGCAGACGGCGAAGAGAGAGGCGGCGGGCGUGGAGGCCAAGCUGAUGGGCCCCAACCCCGAGCAGGCCAGCGCCGACAACCCCGUCACCUUGGUCUUCAUGGGCUACAAGACCGUGGAGGAGGAGCGGGACGGCCGCACGGCGGCGGCGGCGGCGGGCACGGACGCGGCCGACGGCGACGUGACGGCCGAGUUCGUGGUGAUCGAGGACGGCGAGGCCAAGCCGGCGGGGGAGGCGGCCACCCGGGACCAGGCCCCGCCCAAUGGCAGCAUGGCGGAGACGGAGACGGCCAACGGCGGCGGCGAGAAAGAACAGGAGAAGAAACAGACCUGCAAGUGCUGCGCGGUCAUGUGAGCUAGUGUGUGUGUGUGUGUGUGUGUGUGUGUGUGUGUGUGUGUGUGUGUGUGUGUGUGUGUGUGUGUGUGUGUGUGUGUGUGUGUGUGUGUGUGUGUGUGUGUGUGUGUGUGUGUGUGUGUGGUAUUGCAUGUGUGUACGCCAGCUUUGUGUGUGCGCACGAAUGAGGCGUGUGUGUGUGUCAGGACUGUACUACUUACCAACAACCGGAGCCAAACAGCAGCAAGAAAAAGGACAACAAAGACUCACAAGUACACACACUUUCUCUGAUACUGUACCUUUCAUUUCUAUUGAUAUUUUUCUAUUCUUACCGUCUUGACAUUUAUAUCGUAUUCCGUACCUUUUGUUAUGAUUAUGACUCUCGUUGUCAUGGGGACUGUGUACUGUGGGCGUGUUGUUGUUGUCGGGAGGGAGAUGUGAGGAAAGAAAGCAAAGGUAAAAAAAAAAAUUAAAAAUAAAAAGCUCUCUGGAUUGUACCGCCUGAAAAAGGGGGAAACCUGGAAACCCAUUUAGAGAUGUCCGAUAAAUGCUUUAAAAUGCAUUUUAUUUCAUGCAAAAAAUAAUAAUAAUAAUAAUAU